GCUGGACAAACUGCCCUCGUGCUUGCCAUCUUUCUUUCUCAGACAUCAAUCUAAUCAAGCACAGUGAUAUUCUAAAUGCAGUGAAAGUCCUUCCUUAACCAUCCUCGAACACAGGAAACGUCCCAGUGUGCAUGGGUCUGGCACAAUGCCUUCCGCGUCUCCAUCGCCGAUGAAACGGCCCUCACUGAACGAACGCACCUCAUCCACCCAGUCUUUGUCCUCCUCUGGCAAACAAGCCACAGCUCACAAAGUCCACCGUCCGCAGAAGGUCAACAGACAUUCUAGAAAUGUAUCUCACGGGAAAGGUCUGAGCAAGCUGGGUCGGAAUCACUCGACCGCAGCCAUUGCGACCGAUCACCACCACCACCGCAAAAAGUCCAGUGGUACAACACCUCCUCACAGUCCCAGGACUCCUCUGGUGAAGCGAAAUAGCUCUCAUGUGACUUUACCGAAGAACCAAUCCCAUGCAAACCUUCGAAAGAACCAGUCGGCAAACGCAUUGGCGCGCAACAGUUCACACCCCGCCUUGAAGAAGAUUGGUCUGGCGCCAGCACCCAAGCAGAAGAGCAAGAAAGAUGGAGUUUUCCAGCUGGGGGAUCAUUCCUCGGAAGAAGAGGAGGCCGAAUGGGAAGAUUCCAAUACUCAGUCACCGGAAAUGACUAGGAACAAUUCCAAGACAUCCACACCUUUGAAAGUCGGUACUCCUGAUGACGAAGAAGUCACAGACCACGACAUGGAAACGAGUAUGGCUGGUCGUGGGCAGAGAACUUCAUCUCCGCCUGCUCCUUCGUUACGGACGAACAAUAGAUCUGCGCCGAAUCUGAGAAAAGAGUCUAACAUGUCCCCUCCUCAGCUGGCUCCUGAUCCUGCUCUCCUCCACCAACAGCCCCGCGCAUCUCGCGCUCCACCGGCAAUGUCAACAGUAUCUGCUCUCGCAGGACCCAGUCAGCUAUUACGGAGUGAAUCGUCGAAGUCCUUUACUCAUAUCACUCAUGGUGAAGCGGCCUCGAUACAUGCCACUCCAGGCAUGUCUGUGUCCGGACAGGCCGCAGCAUCGUCAUCUGUCGAUGGCGGCGUGUCGCACUUCCUUUCUGAAAGUGUAACUCCCUCGCGUCAACAGGUCAUCGACGAAUCUGACGACGGCUCUCCCUCGACGUUCAUGGACCACUACAAACCACAACCCUCAGAAUCCCCCGAAAAGACACGCACACUUCACAAAAUCCGACUCCCGUCCCACCCAUCAAGGACCCAGCAAAAGCUUGAACUGCAACGAAGAGAAAUUAUGCGUGCCGGGGCUGCGACUCCGACGACACCACCUGCACAUGGCAUAGGCCUCAGCAUCGGCUCAUCAACCUCGUUGCACAGCCGGACAAGCUCCAGAAAUCGAAACAGAUCUUUAGCUGGCGGGCGAAGUCUGGCGGGAGACCUCAAAGCCAUCCGCAAGGAUUAUGAGAAUGCCGUCAAACAGAUCACCGUGGUCAGGAAGUUUCGAAGUCCAAUCAUAGAAAGUAUGCACCGACUGAAAGAAGACAAUGCUGUUCCGGCAGAGCUGGGCCAGGGUUCGUCUGCCAUUCCCACCUCGAAGAGUAGGCCAGCCAGCCGGCGUGGCCCUAGCACCACAACUAUCAACGGUCGAAGUUUCGAGGACAAGAAGCCUGCAUUGGUGUCUCGGAACAGCCAUCGUCCCAGUCAUAGCGGAAGAGUCCACUUCCAGCGACAAAGUAGUCAUGAGAACAUGGGAGUGACACCUUCUCAAGUUAGUCCGGAUGAUGUUCAGGAUGAUGAGGGCGGACUCAGCCCAGAAGAGGCCUUGAUACGACGCAUCUGGGAAAGUCGAGAGGUCUAUGAAGCUGGCGAUGUGAUGCCACCUUCUCGUUGAGCAGGAUUGACAAGAUUGUUCACUGCAUAAUAUCCGUUUGUUUUUGAUGAUGAAUGAUUACUAUUGACACCAUGUUGUAUGGCUUUGCGUUCAAGCGAGAUGCACUUUUGGGGGCUUGGUACAGAGUAGUUUCAUGGGGGACACUGAACUACGGUUUUGAAUGAGUGGGCUGUAAAGCAGAGACAAAGGUCACAACGGAAUAAUAGGUAGAUAGAUCAGCGAGACAUGCUACAAUACUGUAUAUUGACC